AUGGUUUCUGAUCAAACCUCGCCCAUGAAGCGAGGACACUUGUUGCGAGUGAUCCUGUUUGGUAUCCUAUUCGGUGUGCUGUGCGUGAUCAUUUGGUCUCAUAGCUUAGAGGACAUUGCUGUUACUAGGAAGGACAUCCAGGAUGGUGCUACAACUGAGAGUAUAGGAUCCCACUCAAGCCACAAUGCUUAUUCGAGGCAUGCUACUCGCCAUCAUCGUCAUGAUAGUUACGACAGAGCCAGCAGCUUAGGAGCCCACAAGAAUCAUACCCUCACCCGUCGAGACUAUUCAUGCAGCGCGAGCAAUCCUUGCAGCAAUGGUGCCUGCUGCGGAGCCACUGGCAUCUGCGGGUACGGCCCUACAUACUGCGGCACAGGGUGCAUUUCGCAAUGUGAUGCGAAAGCCGAGUGUGGAAAGUAUGCACAGAAUCCUGGAGAGACCUGUCCACUGAAUACAUGCUGCAGUGAAUUUGGGUUUGUUAGUGAUACCUCUGGUUCACAUUGGAGUUUGGAGAAAGACUUACGGGUUAUAAGGGAUGUCAAAGCAACUGCGUCCUCAAUCCUAAGCCACCAGGAGGCAAAGCCUCAACAUAUGAUACAACAUACAACCGCUCAUUAUAUGAAUAGUGUAUAUUUUGCAUUCGCCUUUGUCGAUCCCUCGUCGUAUGAGGUGGUCGCGAUGGAUUCUUCAACCCCAGAGAGCCUUUUCAAAGAGACGACCAAUAUCAAAUCAAUCAAAGAAGACAUCAGUGUCUUUGUUAGUAUUGGAGGCUGGACGUUCUCGGACAAUGGAACCGCAACUCAGCCGUUGCUUGGAGAAAUUGCUGCUGAUGAGACAAAACGGAAGGCAUUUGCUAACAACGUGGUGAAUUUCUUGAGGGAAUACGGGUUUGACGGUGUUGAUUUCGAUUGGGAAUAUCCUGGUGCGGGUGACAGAGGUGGCAAACCUGAGGACACUGCAAAUUAUGUCCUCUUGCUCAAGACGCUGAGAGAGACCUUUGACCAUAGUGGAAGUAAUUUUGGUCUGACCUUCACUGCCCCCUCUUCAUACUGGUACCUCCGUUGGUUCGACUUGCCGAACAUGAUCAAAUACGCGGAUUGGAUUAACGUGAUGACAUACGAUCUCCAUGGGGUUUGGGACUCUACAAACCCAAUCGGGAGUAUUGUGCAGGCACAUACCAAUCUGACCGAGAUCAAAACUGCGCUAGAGCUUUUCUGGAGAGUCGAUAUACCACCAGCGCAAGUUGUGCUGGGCAUCGGGUUUUAUGGUCGCGCAUUUACUCUGGCAGACCCUAGUUGCAAUACACCCGGUUGUCCCUUUAGUGGUGCUUCCAAAGCCGGACCCUGUUCGAACACUGGUGGUAUGCUUGCGUACUAUGAGAUCAUGAGUGCGUUACAAGGAGGUUCCGGAAACAAACGAGACACGAUUACACCAAUUCACGAUAAAGAGGCUGCAGUCAACUACUUCACUUUUGAUGAUAACCAAUGGAUCUCAUAUGAUGACAAGACAACAUUCAAGCAGAAGAUUGACUGGGCAAAUGAUAUUGGGUUGGGAGGAGCCCUGAUCUGGGCCUCAGACCUUGAUGACGAUCAGUACUCUGCUCACGCAGGCCUUCUCGGCAGAGAGAUUAUCUCUACAUCGACGCUCCAGAGUAUAAACAAGGCAGCAUCGAAUCCAAAGUCCGUCAUCGAGGACCUAGCGGCAUUCAACGGUCAGAAAUGCUUUCGUUACUCCGGAAAGUGCGUGAACUUGAAUGACGAUCAAGCGAUGACCAAUGCCUGUGGCAGUGGUUAUACCGUCGUCGGGUGGGACGAUGCUGGAUGUGGCAAAAAAAACUGCCAUUGCGGAAAGCCGAUUUGUUGCCCAUCAAAUGCUGCCCCAAAGGGGUGCAGUUGGCGGGGGGAUAACACCGGCGAGCCCGGCACUCGUGCAGAUUGCAGUGGGCAGUGUGAGGCAGGCGAAAUGAAUAUUAACGGUAUCCGCUCGUCAUGGGGUGGUGGCUUUACCAACGAUGGCGAUACUGAUAAGUGUGGUCGCGGAUACAAAGUGUUCUGUUGUCCGGACCCUGACUAUAAAGAAGUCACCAAGCGCUGCUUCUACGCGGAAUGUGGAAAGGAUUGUCCCAGUGGACAAGCAGCGGUUCUCACAAACUACGACAAGUGCUACUCCAAAGGACGGAAAUACUGCUGUCCAACUCCUGUCGAGCUCACGGAAUGCCACUGGGAAGGAGGCGCAAGUGGCCGAGAUUGCGCUAAUGCUAAGUGUAAUUCGACUGAGCUCCAGAUUGCAAAAUCUGCAUUGGGCGAUAGCUAUUCCACCUGUGAUUGGGGUCGUAGCAGAGCCGCAUGUUGCACCGUGAAAAAAGCACCAACCCCCAAGGCCAUGUGCACCACGAGACUCUGCACUACGGACAUUGAGUACUGUGGAGAGAGCAGCUAUGAUGAUGACCAUGUGAAACGAGAUGUGAGCAUUCGGGAACCGGCUGAGCUCAAUACGGUGACAAGUGACAAACAAAGUCUUGACAAACGCGGUGGUAAAAAGGUAGAAGAGAUUGUGGUUGGGAAGAUUACAAUUGCUGUCAUAGUUGCGGCGUAUCCGUCCAUCGGUGAGAUUUGGACCAUCUCCAAGGCGGCGCAGGUUCUCAAGAAAGCCUUCUGGGCGCGCACUGGCUACUGUGGGAGUUCCGUGUUGGACGUGAGGGACCUCCCAGUCUUGCCAACCAAGAAGCAGUAUCGUGGCCUCGACGUUGAGCACCCAAUUGACAAAAUGCUGAUCAAGAAGUUCAUUAGAACCGCUGCCACUGGAACUCUUUCCUCUGAGUCUAGGUUCAGCGGGUUUGCUCCGAUCGAUGCUCACUUCUGGCAAAAUGUAUGGAACGAGGCCAAUCAUGACCUUGCUAAUAAGCCAGCCGUAGGCGGUCCCAAGGGGAAACGCCCGGCUAAACCAAAUGAGCGUGUUGCAGAGGCCUUUGGGUCCAGGUAUAACCCUUACCCCUUUAUGGCCGUACAGAGUGAGGUCAACGUCAUGAAGGGCAAGAUAUUUGAGCUCAAUGACCCAGUUGACCUUGAAAGGAUCAAGAAGAAGGCAAAGGAGUGCGUGAAGAAAGACACAGAACAGGCGGCCGAUGAGUUGCUCUCAUUAUUUCAGCAGGUAUUCGCGGCCUUUGAGUAUAUACGCGACAAUCAGUUCGAGAUUCGAUUCAACGAUGUGUAUAACAAAGUGCAUCAACAGCUGGGCUUCGUUGAGGAGACGACAGCAACCAGCAACCUACAGGAUUGGUGGGAGGUGUGGACAGACGAUCAUUUCGACACAGCCAUCCGAGACGCGCGUAGAUGGGCACGACAAGCCAUCCGAGAGGCACAGGCUCCCUUCAUCGAAGCGCAUAAUAACGGUCGCCAUCUGGCCCAAUAUGAUCGCGUGAUGGCCGCGUUAGACGAGUUCAAAAGCCUCAUCGCGCAGAUCCGCAGGCCGACCAUGUAUCACCGGAAGACGCCCAAUCCUGACAACGGGGAAGGGCCAAGUGGGUAUAAUUCAUAG